AUGUCCCUUAUAUGUCUUCGUAAUUUACUGGAAGAAAAGCAUAUCGUCUUCGACGAUGGCGAACAGCAGACUGACGAAGAAGCGGAUUCCUCAUUCGAAUCCCUUACUUCUGAGGAAAAUGAAUACCUGGAGGAUGUCCCUGAGGAUGAAGGCUACGGAAAUGAUAAUAAAACAGUUAUCAGUAUAAACAGUCAACCUUUGAUCAGGAUAGACUGUGUCAGCGAUCUAAAGCGUAUAACAAGUGACAAUAGUGACAGUGGUUUCUUGGAGUGUGAUAAGGAGUCUGGUGAUGAGACUAGUGAUGUGAAAAGUAUAAUAGAGAGUGAGAGUGAGGAGGAAAUAAUUGAGGAUAUGCAAGAGGACGAGCUAGAAGAGGACAGCGAUAUGAUUGUCGUAGAACCAGAGCCAGACACGAAAACCCUAGUAAACCAAGAGACCAAAUUCCAGGCACAAGUGGCGGCGCUAACCGAACUAGCGGACAACAGAUGCGAUGAGAUACAAAGAGCUAGAGAUGUCAUCGCCUCCUUCAGAAAGGAGAUCGAUGCUAAGGACCAGGAGAUUGAACAACUAAAGAGUGAUCUUGCAGCAGCUUACAAAGAGUCGGAACUCAUUCGUCAAAGAAGCAGGUCUUUGGAAGAAGAGCUAUCGGCAGCUAGAAGUUGUUCCGCCGAUCUAGCCGACCAGUUAAAUAGGCGGAAUGACGAAGCUAUAAGACAAUUAAGGGCAGAGUUAGAAGACGCGCAUACAAAAUAUGCAGAAUUAGAGUCCAAAGUUCAAGUGUUAGAGCGAGACAAGCAGAGGUUAGAGCAAGAGAAACUGAUACAGGAACAGAAGGCGCAAGAGGCGUUAUCAGCGGCCGAAGCGAAUAUCUCAAAAUGGCGGACGGCUCACGAAGCGGCGCGGUCUCAGGCCGCUGCGAGGGCGGAGAGGAUAUUAGCCGACUGCGAGUGGAAGAUGAGGGAGUUGGAGAAGAGGGCGAGGGACGCGGAGAAGGAGAAGAAAGAGUUAUCAGAAACCGUAGACCAGUUAAAAUCCGCCCCACCCUCCCCCUCGCACAUGGCUGAACUCCAACAACUGAGAGGGUUGGCGUCAGAACAGCAACGUUCGGUGCAAUCUCUCACGCUGCAGCUGCAGAGGGUCGAGACGAGGGAGGAGACCCUGAAGCUGGAGGUCCACCGGCUGAAGGAUCUGCUGGAAAGGGAGGGGAGGCUGGUGAAGGAGAAGGAGGAACAGCACGCGCUGGCCAUAGACCGCCUCCACCAACAACACUCACAACACAUAGAGUCCAUCAAAACCGAGCACGCCGAAGCGCUUGCUAGCGCGGCCAGCGCGAGGUCGGCACUAGAGCGGGCGCACGCUGAGAAGACGAGGACGGCGCUGUCGAACCUGCGGGCUGAGGCUGAGAAGGACGCAAGGAACGCUGAGAGGAAGCUGAGAGAAGUCACCACGAGGUUUGAGAAUCUAAAAGAAGUGCUAGCAGCGAAGGAAGCCCAGUUCGAGCACGCCAUCGCCGAAGCGCACAGCAAAGCGGACUGGGACAUCCUGCAAUUAAGGCAUUUAUUGGACAAAGCUGACAUCACCUAUGCGAAUAAUGUCGAAGCACUGAAUGAGAGAUUCGAAAAGGAAAAAGAGAGAUUAAUAGAAGAAUGGUCGACGAAACUUCGCCUAGUCGAAGAUCAAGCCGCAUCAGAUGCUGACGAGGCUAGAAAACUAUUGGACACUACAAAAGCUAAGCUUAUCGCUGAGAAGAAUGAUUUAAUAAAUAAACUCAAAGAACAGCAUCGGCAGGAAAUGGAUGACCAAUGGGAACAGUUUAUGAUAGACAAAGAGAACUGUCUGGAACGAAUGAAGUCCGAGUGUCGGCAAGAAGGAGACGAAGAGAGAGUGCGAAGGGAGAAGGACUUGUUAGAAGAGAUUGCAGCAUUGAAAUCUCAAGUUCAGUCGAAAACAGUUGAAUUUGAAGAUUUGGCGGCAAAAGCGGCGGCUUGCGGCCGCACACUCGCUGUCACUGAGCAGGAAUUGAGAGAGGCAUUAGAGCGAGAGAAAGACUUACGUCAGAAGAGAAGCGACGACGCCGUGAAGAUUAAAGAAGCUGAAAACGGUUCGAGGGACCAAAUUGAGCAUUUGACGAGGAAAUGCGCAUGUUUGAGAAAACUUUUCGACGACAUGCGCGCUCGGCUCGCGGCCCGCGAGCGCGCAGCGGAGGCUGAGUCAAAAGCGAAAGAUAAAGAGUUGCACCAUUUGAGGACUGAAGUUGCUAGACUUACGAAGAUUCUCGUUGAACAGAGCUCUCCAAAAUUAGGUAUGCGAACUCGGGCAGACGGUUGCGAAACCUCAAUGAAAGCUGAGAACGAUAAAGAACAAGAAACGCAAGCGGCGCCGCGGAGAAAGGGUGGGGUGCUAAAAACUCCGGAGCUAACUCGCAAGCGGCCAACAUUGCCCGAAUUAGAACCUCUCCCGCCAGAAUUACGUCCAACUGUCAACGAUGAACAAAAUGGCCGCCGGCGCGCGAAAAGCGUCGACCUACCAGCCGUACAAGUCCCUGUCAGAAUAAAGCAACUGGAGGAACGGAAUAAAGAUUAA